UGUUGCUCCAGCCGUACGAUCAGGUCAUCCAGGCUCUCGGAUUCGGGAUCGCUGUCCUCCGAUGUCGCUGCCGGCACAUGCGAAGUAGAUGGCGCAUCCUGCGCAGCCGCUGCAGGUUCAGGACUUGAAGAGUAUUACAUGGGAAAACUGUGAUUCAGGCAAACUGCCUGGAACAAUCAAGAGUCUUUCUAUUAGCCCCGACCCCGUCUCUAUCCCCGGAGAUGUGACCGUCUCUGUCGUCCUGAACACUGAGGUGCCCUUAAGUUCUCCCCUCCAGAUCAAAAUUACUGCUGAGAAGGAACUGCUGGGCGAGUGGUUGACUGUUCCCUGUAUCGAUAAGUUUGGCAGCUGCACCUACAAUGAUAUCUGUAGCUUGCUGGAUGCUUUCUUCAAGCCAGGACAGCAAUGCCCAGGACCCCUGGCAACCUAUGGCCUUCCCUGCCACUGUCCAUUCAAAGCUGGUUCCUACUCUCUCCCGACCACCAGUUUUAAGAUCCCAAACAUUUCUCUGCCAUCCUGGAUGGCCGAUGGGAGUUACAGAGUAACUGGAAUUCUGACCCACCAAGAUAAGGAGAUUGGAUGUGCUAAAUUAACCUUUUCUCUGUCAUCUACCUCCUCCUGGUGGUGGUAAAGAGAAGACCCUGCAGCUGCCUGCGACAAAGAAGAUAUUUCAUAUCCAAAAUGAUUUCCCUAUAUCUGAUACCACCGACAGCCCCACUAGCAGCCUCAUUCACACUGUACAAACACAUGUAUUUAAGGACUAGUCUGUAAAGACAGAUGCAGCAGAUCUGAUUUUGUCAUGAAUAAAGUGAGACCUGUUGAUAUGCACAAAAAUAAUGCAGCCCCAAUGUUGCAAAUGACAAACUCAGCUCUACUACAUCUGUAUGGCCAUGCUACUCACACGUCUCCAUAAUGGGUAUUAUGAGAGCCCGGAUACAUUGAACUUGUGACAGCUCCACUUUUUCCUUCUUGGUUGCAGCCUGAAAUACUACUGUCCUGCAUGUUUCAUCCCCUGUCCUGGUAAAGAAUAGCCCCUGAGCACUACAGGCUCUGUGCACCUAACAAAGAGGCGAUCAUGUUCCUAAUGCAAGGCUGAUGGUGAAAAUGGUUUGGUCGAAAGUGCAACCUUGGAGCAAAUGUCCACAUCAGCAGCACAGAAGUAAAGCUGUUAUCAAUGGUCAGAAUGAACAGAUGCAUUAGGACUUCACUAGUCUUCCCAGGAUCUGUUACUGCUGCCCCUAUAGAGUGACGCUCUUGUUAAUAUUCAGCCUCUAUUUAUGUACU